AUGUCUUAAAAAAAAAAUCCUACACCUCAUUAUAUGAAAGACACAGCAAGUUUCUAGAAUUACCGUGAUAGUAUCAAAAAAAAAAGAAACGUCCAAACACGUUCACCAAAUUAAAAUAUAGAUUAAAAAUAAUAACAAUAAUUGUUUUAAGGUUAUGAAAGAGAGAAUUAUCAUAAACAAAAUUUAUAAUAAUAAAAAUAUUUAAAGGGUUCUCCUUAAAAUAUUGCACAAAUUAUCUUAUAAAAUGAUAAUAUAAACCAUCAUCAAAAAAUUUAAAAGAAUUAAAUCCCUAUUAAAUAUUAGAACUCACCGUCUCCUCAAAGAUCAAAUUAACUUAAUAAAAAUAACAAAAAUUUAACGCAAAAUAAUUAAAAACUACAUAUAUCUCAUCAAUUAAAGUAAGAAUAAAAAUCAGAAAAAAAAAAUAAAUCACAAUCUAUUGAAAAUAAGUCUAAAAUUACAAAAUCUCCAUAUAAUUAAAAUAUUCUAAAAUAGGAGAAAAACAAUUAUUUUUAAACACCAGUUAAAUAUUAAAAAAAAAUUCUGACUAACAGUUAUAACCAGUAAUUGACACAAUAAUAAGUUAAAACUACUAAAAAUAAAAAAAAUAACAACACAAUUAAAAAGGAAGGCAAUAUGUAUUCCAAUUUUUAAUAAUCUUAAGAAAAGGAAUUGAUAAACUAGAGAGAAAAAAUAGAUCACUAGUCAAAUUAUUAACCAUUAUAUAAAGAUUAGUAUAUUCAAAAAUAAUAAAACAAAAAGUAAUAGUAAUAUAAAUAGUAAUAAAAUAUAGAUAAGUCAUAAAAAUAAACAUAAAAUAUAAAUUAAGUAAAUAAAUAAACAGAAGAUAUAGAUUAGCAAUUUAAAUAAUAAAACAAUUAGUAAUAAUAAUAUAAAUUGUAUUAAAAUAUAGAGUAGUAAUAACCAUAAUAAUAAAAUAUAGAUGAAUAAAAUAAAUAAAAAGAUAAUAUAGAUUAGUAAAAUAAAUAACCAAAAGCGUAUUAAAUAAAAUUUGAUUAAAAAAGAUUAGAUAAAACAGUGGAAUUAGCUAAAUCAUUAACUUAAAUUUCAUCUUAAAUGAGGAAAGUAGAAUAAAAUUACAGUUAUUAUCUUUAAUAAUACGAUGAAAUAUCUGGAUUAUUUUCUCAUUAUUCUAUUAAAUAACUAGCAGUUAAAAAUAAUCUAAAAAAAUAUUGUUAGAAAAUAUUAUAUGUACGUGGGGAUGGAAAUUGUUUUUAUACUGCAUUUGGUUUUUAAUAUUUGAAUUUAUUACUAAUAAAAUUCGAUGAUAAUUAAUUUAAUGAAUUUUUCAAUUUUGUAAAGGAAUAAAAAAUUUAAUUUAAAAUUAUUUACGAAAAUUUCUAAAUAGAUGAUGAAAAAAUUGAAUAACUCUUACUUGAAUAAUUUCUUUAUAUUCUUUAAUAAAUAAGAAAAAUCUAAAAUUAGCAAGAUAGAAUAAAUGCAAUUUAUCAAUAAUUUAGGGAAUUUGAAAUUUCGAAUAAUGGAAAUGGAUGCCUUUAUUUUUUAUCUACUAUAUUUUUUAGAAACCUUAGUAAUCAACUCUUAGAAUAUAGUGACAUGAAAACUUAUGUUGAAGAUAGAAUAAAUUUAAUCACUUGGGAAACUGAGUGUAAUAAUAAUGAAAUAAUAAUAGCUACUUUAGCAUAACAAUUAAAAAUGUAUUCUAUUAUAAUUAUAUAGAAAUAUCAAAUUAUUAUUUUUUUAAGCAGGAUAAUUUGAAUUAAGAUAAUAUGAAGAAAAUUAAGAAUAUGAAAUAAUUUUACUAAUUUAACCAGGUCAUUAUAAUAUAGGAUUAAGAAAUUGA